AUGUAAUUCAACUUUUACUUAUCUAAAUGUAUGCCAGUAAAUGAGAAUGGAAUUACUAUUUUGAAUGGAAAUCAAAAGCGUAACCCCUAGCUUGAUGAUGUGAUCACAAUCAUGGGGGAGGCUUCAGCAUUAGUAAUCCAUUCAUUAAUAAGUUAGGCCUAAAAUUUGAAAUAACUUAUAACUAGUCCAACCAGAUUCUUUUAGACUGACUAAAAGUUGUAUAUUAAGUCCGAAGGAAAAGUAAGUAUUCACAAGGAUUUUAUAGUAAUGCUUAGGGAUUCUAAAAAUAGGAAGAAAGAACUUAUUUGAUAGAGAUUUAAACGGAGCAAUAAAAGAAAUCUAACCCAUAUGCGUUCUCGACUUUUACGUGCAUGAAUCAGUCUAAAGGAAAGGUAUUGGCAAAGAGCUCUUUGAAGAAAUGCUCAGAUAAGAAAUGUUGAGACCAGAGAAAUUGGCUUAUGAUCGACCAUCGCCAAAACUAUUGGGAUUCCUCAAGAAAUACUACAAUUUAUCAAGUUACAUCCCUCAAAAUAAUAGUUAUGUCAUUUACUCGCAAUACUUUGAUUUUAACUACACUAAUGUUGCCUAAUAGCAUUCUGCACAAUAAUCAUAUUAACAAUAGUAAAGCACUUAAUUAGCUAACUAGUAUAGAGUCUAGUAGGAAUAAACUCCAAUGAAGAUGGAACAAUUGGAUUAGAUGAUGUAAUAGAUGUCUUUGGAAUCAGAAUAACAAUAUUCACAAUAUCAGAAGAACAAAGCAUAGCCUCCUUGUGUGACAGAUUAAAAAUAAUAUUAAAAUGUAAGGAUAGAUAGAUUAAUUUUAGAUGUAUCAAACGACUACUGGGCUGAUGUCAGCUUAAAUUCAAAGAAGAUGA